AUGCUGCACGACCUUCCCCACGACCGAGGGCCGUCUCUCCCUUUCGCAUUCGGCGGCGGUGGUGGUGGUGGUGGUCGCCGCGCUGUCACCGGCAUCGGCGGCACUUACAGUAGUAACGGCGUUGGUGUCUCCAAUGGCGUCGCUCGAACGGCAGCUGAUGGCCCUGCACGUGGCGACACCCUCUGCGGCGACCCUUCUCCCUCCUCAGCGAACGCGGUGGAUGAGUUGGGCGGCAGCACUGUUGUGGGAGAGGCGGGUGUGAAUGGACGUCGUUUACCGCGGCCGACGCCGGUACCACGGUGGUCGCAGGUGCCGCCGGAAGCACGGCCCAGUACGGCACCGUAUCUUCUCCAUCGUUACGGCCGCGGUGGUGGUGGUGGCGGUGGUCUGGGUGAGAGCCUCAACGCCUUCAAGCUGUACGUCGCCGACGACGGUGAGAUGAAAAUGGGCGACCACCACAACGACUUCUACGGCUUCAACUACGACCCGACGGACGAGACGGACGAGAUGGCAAACUUGCGGCGGCAGCUGCUGGGCGCCAGCGGCGGUGGCGGCGACUUCUACGAGGAUACGGAGGACUCCGUGUACGGCUCAUCAGACGACGCGUUUGAGCAGCGAAACUCCUACGCUGCUGGGGGAGAGGCCGCUUACGAGAAGGGCGACGCAGAGAACACCGUGGCCGACCUCCGCAGCUGGGCGGUGGAGCCGGCGCUGCAGCUCAAGGGCGUCUCUCGACGUCGACGACUCCCACCGAAGCGGCCGGGCGGCGCAGGACACCGUGGCAAGAAAAAGGGCCGACGACUGCGCCGGCACCUGCGUGACGCGCUGACGGGCGCUCCGUUCAGUCGUCAGGCCAGCAAGGAGAACGGGGGAGGUGGCGGCGCUGGCACGACCCAGAUGCUGGCACGAUCGAACCGGUCACUUUCCUACACCACUUCAACGAUGCAGAGGAACGGACGAACGAGCAGCGGCACUGCUCCACCCGCGCUGCCGGCGGCGUGUGUGCGUCCAGGUGCGUACGUGGCUGCCGCCGCGGCCGCCUACCCCGACCUACCCGCCAGUCUCGGUGCAUUAGUGCUGCUGUCCCCCGGCAACCCUUCCACGAACCCGUUGGAUAAAGUCAAUCGCGUGCGACGGCGUCUGUUGCAGCGACAACGGGAUGAGCGGCGCGAGUGCGAGUGGAAGCAGCGCGCACGUCGUUCGCUGGAAGCGCAGAAGCAGCAGGCGGCAGGUGCAGCCGCAGCAGGAGCUGACGCACCGAAAGGAAUUACGAUGACGUCGCAGUCGCCACGGACGCCGCACCACACCGCAAACGGCGCCAGCGACCGCAAUGAUGGCGCGAACACACGCCUCCCCCACCCCCUCACAGAGCUACGCUUUUCCUUUGAGGACCUGAACCGCAGUACCGGACCGGGCACGGCCCGCAUGGGUGCCGGCGCCUCCCUCGACAUCCUGCGAUCGGCACGGCAACGCGUGCGGGAGUCUCCGCGGCUGCAGGACGUGCCAUUGAAGAACCAAGCCGUCUACGUGCGCGCUGCUCCAAACGACCUGGCUUCUGCGGCUGGUCAAAACGCCGAUGCGAGGGCACAAAGCGGCGGGAAGACUCUGGGGGUGAUGAACAGUGGAGCAGCGGCUUCUGCGUCUCGGCAGCCGCGGGAGCUAUGCGAUCCUUACACCGGUGUUGUCAUUCCUGCCUCCUUUGACUUUGCUGCGGGGCAGAGCCGCCCCGCCGUGGUCUUCUCCUGUGCGACCGGCAUCCCUUUCUUCCACGACCCCACCGCGCCGCGACCCAUCGCCGUCGUCGACGUUGCGCAACCGCUGCCGCUGUCGCCGCCGCCUCUGCUCUCGCCCACCGCGACGUACAUCCUGCCGAGCUCUUUGCAGCAGCCGCUUGCAAACGUCGCGCGGCAGCCCUCGCAGGCACGGCGCAGCUCCGUCCAGACCAACUCGUCGCUGGGCAGUUCCCACACAGUUUCCAUGGUGCCUACGAUACGCUUCCCACCAUCACCGCCCCCGCUUUUUUCUCUCCUUUCGACGACCUCCGUUGACACUGCGACCGUCGCGGCAACUAAAUCUGCAGCGGGACGAGGCAGCAAUCCAACACCCGAUCGUUCAGUCAACCCCUCAGGGUACGGCGCAAGCACGCCAGACGACGUCACGGGUAGACAUGCUCGCACCGAAACUGCGAGCUACCACGACGCGCGCCUCGCCUAUCCGAAUGCCGGCAACGACAGCGAACGCUGCGGCAAACACGAUGCCACCCUUAACAGAGCGUUUCCGCACUCGCCGGCCGAUCCACGACAGGAGUUGGUAACGCCUUUGGGGAGCAGCAGUGGCACCAGCGCCGUUAAUGCACUGACAGCCGGCGAGUAUCGGAUGCCGUCUGCUAUAACCGGAGGGAAUGGACCGCGCCAGCGGUGGCGGCCGCACGGAAGUGUAGUGAGUGGCGGUGGCGGUGUCAGUGGCUUCGAUGGAGCCACCACAGCUCUCAACGGCAAUGGCGCGGGCCUGCCGCCUCCGUGGCGGUGGCUGCACGGACCGUUGUCGCCCAGUGCUGUUUUUUCCGCUCGGAGCAGCGCCUCGGGUGGCAGCCGCGGUGGCCAGCGAGAACUGUCCAUCAGCGACGCAGUUGACGGGAGUGCUAUCAACAGCAAACCCGACCAUCCCGGCGGCGGCGGUGCUGCUGCGUAUCCGAGCCUCAGUGAGGGCAACGCCGUUAGCGGGUCCACCGCGGCGAUGGCAGCGCCGGUGUUCAACCUUCGCGGGCUCUCCAAUGCAUGUGAGGCGAAUUGGGCUGCCCUGCGCAACGCGACUCCGUGGCCACGCCCACGCGAGCCUGGCACCUCGCCUCUGCUAACGCUGACGGGCACCAACAACGCCGGUGCCACCACUGCUGCGCAGAUCCCGCGCUAUCCGAGCCUGGUGGCACCGUACGCUGCCCCGCGUAAUCCGCUGCAGCAGAACAUUCGCUACAACGCGUGGACCGCAGACGGCGUGGCGGCCUCCUCCGGCGCGGCCUGCGUCGUCCACGUCUUCACCAUCACACGCGAAAUGCUGCGCAGCGUGCACGAGUACGUCGCCCACCGGUGUGCGCAGCGGCACGAGAUGGCGGUGCGGGAACGGGAACGGGCACGGCAGCGACGCAUGAAGGACGCCAUGGCCGCGGGUGUGCUGACGCGCGACCUGCAGCGGUGCUUGCGCUGCCCGCACUGCGGAGUUGUCGGACAAAUUUUGAAGUCGGUGCCGUCACGCAGCGCAGGGGGGCCGUCGCUGCCGCAGCGGUCGCAGCCGCACGCGCAGACGCCUCACCAGCUGUCGCAGUCCGUGAAUCAGGUGCGUGGGAUGAGCAGUUCCCCGCACAGCUUCCGGGCUUUGCGUGUCAGCGCCUCCGCAUCCAGCUUUGAUAUGGAGACGCAGAAACAGCUAACCCAGCAGCCACAAACGGAGCGUGGAAGGCACGCACUGGCGUAUUCGGAACGGGCGUCACCGCAGCACGUGAACAUGGCCCCGCCGCCGCACGCACCGUCGACGGCGUCAACCGGUAGCAGCACCGCACACCCGUCUGUUGCCCACCCCCUUAACACGAACUGUGACGUCAAUGCGCCGGACAAGAUAACGAUGGAGCUGCCGGGACACGACGCCUUUCGGGAGGGAGCCGCAGGGACAGUGGAGGAAGAGGAAGUCCACGUUGCUCGUUCCGUCACGCACGCUAUUGGCAACAAGGAGGUAACGCACGAAGCGGAGAGCGCUACAACGAUAACACCUAUUUCGACAUCGCCACCUACGUUGGGUGGGCCGUCGGGGCACAACAGUUCGCUGCCGCCGCUGCCGCCCACCUACGCGACACAGCACGCACGGCUAGUUUCGCGGACGCAGAGCAUGACAUCACCAAACGAUAACACCGGUUUUCCAUCCACCGCAUUUUCGUCGCAGAAGUCGCCCCCACAAAGCGCUGCCGCGUUGGCUUCACGCGCUGCCCCGCUUCCGGAGGUGACGACAGCUGUACCAUCGGUGGCGAUCGGAACCCCGAACAAGCGCCGACCCUCGCCCACUUUCACAGCGAACACGGCCACCGGGCCGACCGCUGACAACGCCGAGGCCAACGUGGAGGUCCCAUUGGAGAAGUCCGGCGGCAGUCGCGAGCUGUCGCGGUCGUUUGCAGGCCUCCAACCGCAGCGCACCUCCAGCUCGCAGCCGGAUUUUCAGCGGUACUCCGCGUCAUCGUUCCACAACGGCGUAUUCUCGAGCGACUCCCACUACAGUCUAUCACAUGUAAUUUGGCCGCGAGCGAGCCAGGAGCGAGAGGAGAGCAGCCUACGUGACUCGAUCCGCACAUCCGAUGGCUCGCCUGGCGUACCGGUCCGAGGCAACGUCAGAAUCGUCAGCAUCAACGGCGAGGAGGAGGAGGAGGAAUUCCGCCAACACGUCCCUCCUCUGCAUUCUUCCUUUGGGCUGGUGCGCCGCUAUGCGCCGACGCCGCCGCCGCCCUCGUACUCGUCUCUUCCAGAAGGCUUCCUGACCCCGUUAACAGUAUCAAUAGGUCGCCAGGAUUCUACGUCUCCAACCCUGGCAGAGUUCACCGUGGGCGGUCAUGCCGCGACGAACCCUGCUGCUGCCGUUGUUGCGUCGGCGUACACCAAACGUCUCCUCUCUCCCUCGUCGCCGUCUCUGUUGCCGGCCGGUGCCAACGUGCUGCCGCCGCUCGCUACCUACGGAAGCAACAGCUCUUUCUCCAUGCCUCCCACCGCGAAUACGUCACGGCAAGCGACGCGACCACCACCACCACCACCACCACCACCACCAGCGGGCUUCCGCACCAGCGGCAACGGCUCCUUUGCCGCUUCCACGCAGGUUUCUGCCUUUACGCCCGCCGUGCCGCCCCUGGCACCGUUGGGCACACCGCUGAUAGGGGACACCGGUGCGCACAGUAACGCGAAUAGCGGCAGUAACGCCAUGCAGUCUCGCGAUUUCUUUGGGGAGUCUGUGAGCGCGACGAUGAACCGCGAGUCCUGUGUGUUGCCGCGGCGCUACGUGUGUCAGAGCUGUCACCGCGACGUGGUCCCGAAAACCUCCAUGGUGAGCCUGGCGUUGCUCGAGGAUCGCGCGCUGUCGAAGUCCGUCAACGAGGCCGCCUUAUCGGCGCUGAUGAGCGACAAGACGGACCACACGCACUUCGACGAGUCCUUCGGCGUGCUGGCCUUUGAUGACCUUCUUCAGGACGAUGCCCUGAUCUACGCGUUGCAGGCGUACCUGCAGGAGUCACUCAUGCUGCCGGCAACGCGUCCGCCGCGACCGCCACGGACUGCCGCAACGCCCUUAAUGCCGGACGCAGCCUCUGCGGCUCCAACUUCCGUGGUGUCCCCAAAUCCACAUUUUGUGCCGAGUGGCUCUCUGCUCUCCGAUUUGGCGGGGCCGAAAAAGACGGAGAUGCGGUCCCCCACGCUACCUCCCUCUGCGUCCGCUUCUUCUGCCUUUGGUGGUGUUGGUGCUGAAGGAAAGGCGAAGGCGACUGACAUGAACUCGAUCGAUGCGUCCCGCGUACAGCUCCUCGGUGCGCUGUGCCCCACCGGAGAGGGUGCUCCGCAGAUCAUCAUAGAGGGGACGUCACACAAUGCGGACCUACCGACGAAGGAUAUCAAGCUGCAGGGGUCACUGGCAGCGCGCGCCAACACCAGCGCCGCCGCCGCCACCACCACUGCGUUAUCGUUGCAGGGGCCCUUGCCGUCGUUUGCGCGGCUGUCGUUGCAGUCGUUGUCCUCCUCGCCGUCAUCUUCGUCGGUGCCGUGCUCCGCCCGUCCGAAGACAACUGCACCGGAGGAGGACGACAAUAAUGAAGACCACGCCGCUGUCGCUGCGGAGGAUCGUCUUGUGCGUAAGUCCACAAAGGCGAUGAUGGCGACCGCGGCGGCGGCGCCGGUGCUGCUGCGCUUGUGUGUGCCGUGCUGUGGCUUGAAGGUGAGCGUGUGGGACUCUGCGAGGCCGCGGACGCCUGCCGCGCCGCCGCAGUUAGACGGAAGCGUGAGCGCGGGGCAGGUGCCGGACACGACGAUAACUCCCGCAGAAAACGCAACACCCAAGACGCCGUUGCAGCGAAGAAAGUCCGUCGGCAAAGAAGGCGGACGACGACAGUCAAGAAAGACCGCCUGCCCUCCACCGACGAUACCCCGCAUGCGCGAGGAUGCCGCCACGCGAGGCCUGACGCAGUCUGCGCUGCUUAUCAAGAAGGAAGUCCCCGCCACGAAACACGUAGGAAAGGAGGCCGCCGCGGCAUCUGCAGAGGCGCAGCGUGGACGGGGCAGCAGGGCGACUGCGGCAGGUGCGUCACGUCGACCGUCGACUCGCCGAGAUGGACGACAGACGGAGACUCCGGUGGCUGCCCGAGGAGAGGAAGGAGGGGGAGUCGCCGCCGCGUCUUUUGGCGCUGCGCAGGAGCUCAUUAAAUCGAGUAAAACGGUGAUGCAGGACACCGACGCGUCGAAGCGACACCGCGUACAAAUCAACUCCCGCAUGCGGCUGGACGCGACGAGCAUCAAUCGCAUCUGGGAACGUGUGUUCACGCAAGACAAGAGCAGCGCCGUGGCGGCGGUCGCUGCAGGUCGUGACAAGGCGCGCGCCAAACGACUGAAGACGCUUGGAGAGGAAGCCGCACACACUCCUCCUGCGAAGGCGAAGGCUUUGGAGGCGGGUGCGGCGAAAUCCACUUCGGAGUCGCCGCGGGCUGCCCCGGCAGCGCCUUCCUCUGCAGCGUCCCUUGCACCCGCUGUCAAUGCGCCCGCCCGCAUCCACCAACACAUUGGCAUCGAUCUCAGCACGUACGACGACUCCAGUCUUGUCUUGAAGGUGGAAUUGGCCUAUCCUCGCUUACCGGGCGGCAACGUGCGCCAGCUCCUGCACGAAUGGGGGACAACCUACCAGCCACACCCGGUGCUGCUCGAGGCGGUGAUCCGCAACAUUGUGUACGGCGUGCUGACGCAGCUGCACACUCUACACGCGGCAGGCUACACCAGCGGCAACGUGAAGGCCACCAAUGUGUUUCCGAUGUGGCAUCUGAUGAAGGCGACGAGGGAGUCGGGGAUGAAGAUGCCGCCAUGUGCUGCUGCCACUGCUGGUGAUGCGGCCGCGGAGGCACAUGCACGGGACAUGGGCGAAGGCAAAGGAGACCAAGACAAUCGACCUGGUCACGUGCAGGACGGUGCCAACGCCGCGCGGGGCAACGAUUCAUUGUUGCGAGCGACAGAGCAAGUGGGCCGGUCUCCGCCAACUGACACCGCUGCGCUUUUACGGCUACGACGCCCUUCACAGUUGUGGUCCACGUCGGUACUGCAGCAUCAAGCGGCGAAGGAGUCGCCCCCAUCGCUGGGCAACACAGCCGCACAGUCCGCUGGCCGUGCGAGGAAGCGGGGGACUCACAAAAAGGACUCGUUGACCUCACCAAUGCCGCAUGGAAUCGCCCAGCCGGAACCGCGACAACCGCAGGAGACACAAGGCGGAGUGGCGCACCGGAGCACGGGCACCAAGGCGCCAGAGACGACUACAUCAGUGGAGGGGACCCACAAGCAGACAAACAGCCUCAGCGAGUCUAAUGCCUCCAGCUAUGAGGAAGGUGCCAGUCGAAGCGCUGAAGAAGAGCGCCAACAUCGGUCGAUCGCUACAGCCUCCACCGUGUACUCGCCCGCCGUCGCACCCCAACAGCUCGCUUCCCCUGCGACAGAGCAGAAGGGUGGCGACACACCACCGACGGCGGAAGCGCUGUCGAUGCCGGAUGCGAUGACGGCUCACUUCGUGAGUAGCGACAUCCGAAGCGGCAGCGGUAUCUUUCCCUUUUCUCCUGCACAGGGAAUGACCUCCUCCUCCUCGGUAUCAAGCCGUCGAGGGCGUGGGUUCAGCAUCGACGACAGCGUUAUCCCCAUCGUUCCGCGCCGGAAGAGCACCGGUGCGGAGGCGGGCGGCGGACGUCGCACGCAAAGUGCCGGCCCCGCAGACCCGUCUCGUCGCGGCAGCGAGAGCACGCACAGCCGCAGCUGGGAGGAGCAGGAGGAAUUGGUGCCGCUUCUUGUGGAGGUGGUGACUCCAUCUUCGAUAUCUAUCGCAGGAACAGCCGACCACGGUGGUGGUGGUGGUGGUAGCCUUUCUGUGUCUUCACCGCUGCCCAAGAUGGCUGCUGCGUCACCUCGACCGCCCGUUCCAACGGCCGAGUCCGCCUCGUCCGCGAUGCCGCGCCACGGCCUGCCAAAACGACGUGGAGAUGUUUCCAGCCCGACCAGCGACUCUAAAUUCACUUUCAAUUACUCGCCUGCGUGGAUGGAGGAGACGCACCGGCAGCGGUACGUGCGAGGGGCGCGGCUCAUCCCACCUGCCCGCGUGCUGCUGCCUUCUCUUAGCGCCGGUGCUCAGGAGGCCGGGGGACAGAAACGCAAAUACGAGGAUCGGCAGAGCAGCUCGGCGAAGGCCCCCCUGUUAUUGCCGUCCAAGGACGCGUUCGGUGAGAGCACCAAUGAGGAAGAUAACUGGCCAACGGGUGGGGCGCACCCGCUGCUGGCAAGCGGACCUACUGGUGCGGUGCCACGGCCCAAGUCACGCCACUACAGCCACACUGGGAGUCUGUCCAGCAAAUCCAAGGCGGCCGGUCGGUCCUCCGAGAACGAGACGGACGGCGAUGGCGGCGAUGGCGACGGCAGCACGCUCGACCCGCUGCAGUGGUCGCAGCAGGUGAUGCUGAUCGAUAACCUCGGCACACGUGUGGAGACGGCGCUGUGCCUGGCCAUGACAAAGGUGCUCAUCCUCCACCCUCCGUGUCCGGCACACCGCCCCACACCGCCCGCCGCAUCGAAGGAGGACAAGGGCGACGCUCAGGAGGGGAAGAAGGCCGCAAGCAGAACAAACGGCAAUCCUCCGCCUGGAGGUGCUGGUAGCGGCAAGUCACUCAAUUUGUAUGUACCGGAUCUUAAAGUCGCACCGCCUGCUCAGCCGGUGCUGUUUGGCAUUCAAGAGGCGGAAUACGUGCCCCCGCCAGAGACCAUGCGAUGUGCGCGCGACGAGGCAAAGGCGCUGUGGCGUCUGUGGCGGCAACAACAGCAAGUUCCGCAGCGCCAAGCACCGUCUCCUCUGUUUUCUACCCCACAUGGCGAUCGCAGCGCCGGCAUUACAGUGGAUGACUCCGAAGCGGCGCAGAUGGAGUACGUUGUCGCGCAACUGGCGGAGCAGGCGUGCCCUGCAACGAUGCUGCGCAACACACUGGACCCCUACCCCUUCCAGAUGCCCGCUGUGGACAUCUGGCAGCUGGGCAUGAUGGCACUGGACCUCGCUGACGGCCCGGUGCCGACGACGUGGCUGAAGCAGCGAGAGCCAACUCCGCGGCUCAGUCCGUAUCCGUGGUCCUCCUACUUUCAGUCCUUCGUGUCGCGCUGCCUGCAGCUUCAGCCGGAGAAGCGAGCGACGACGGAAGAAUUGCUGCAUCACCCAUGGUUCCGCGUCGCGCUCGUCCCGCAAGUAACCGGCGGUGGCGGUGCGCCCGAUCGGCGGGGCAACCGCCUCCCAUCCGCCGCCUUCUCGCGAACCCCACCUUCGCUGUUGCCGCACCCGGUGUCGCUACCACGUGUUCCCUGUGUGAUGGGCGUUGACUGUCUCACGGCAGAGGAGCAGAAAGAGUGGGAGGGGUUUGACUACACGUUGCUCUACGCCAACAGCGAGGAGGUGCCUCCGCUAACGGCAGCGGCGGGUUCGCCGGUCAGCAACUUGGUCAACGGAGUAAGUCGCCUGCGCCGCGCCUCGGCCGACUCCCCGGCAGUCUCAGCCACCGAUGCUGCUGCUGCUGCUGCUGCUGCUGCUGUGGCGGGGCACGACAGAAUCGGAGGUGCUCACGCAGGUGGCAGCAGCAAUGUGGGAGGACUCGCCGCGGUGUCCACCGGCGGGGACAGCACGGAGGCUUCGCAGUCCUUCGGCCUUGGUACGGGAAACAACACGGGCGGUGCUUCUCAUGUCCGCGUAAGGACUACGACGACGGCGGCGGCGAUCCACACCAACAAUAAAAUGCACAAAGGCGGCAGCAUCAACACUGCCGUGGCCGGCGCGUCAGAUGCGGAGUUCACGGCGUUGUCGUCGGUCGAUUUGACGCAGUACUUCACUCGCUUUGCGGCGCUGCAGUGGCGACGGCAGCAACAACAGUCUAUUGCCGCCUCGCUCGCUGUCUCAUUUCCAGGAAUCGGUGCAAACCGAGGCGGUGGAGGGGCAGCUCCUUUGGCGGAGACGGCGGGACCUACAGCACUGGACACGCGAGGGUUCGGCAGCAGCGUGUUCAUCACCUCUUUCUUUGAGCACUCCCUCCCCAUCUCCGCCGAAGAUGUGCUGACGAUGCUGCGGCAGUCGUCGUCGAACUCGCGCUACCUGCAACUUGGCUCGCCGCGGCAAAGCCUGUACAACAUGCUGUCUCCUCGACCGCCUCAGCCAGCCACGGCGCUGAUGGCUUCACAGACUCAGCAGACAGACAGCGCGGUUCCCCCGCUGCCGCUGCUGGGGAGCAGCAGCUCUUUUGGCGCGGCCCUCAAGGGACUUCCGUACGGCCUCCCCAGUGCGUUGAGGGCGACCGGCAUGAACGCGCCUUCGCCGGCCGCACUGCCCGCCGCGAGUGGUGGUGGCGGCAGCGUUGCCAUGGUUGGGCUGCCGUCCGCCUAUGUGCCGCUGCGAGACCCGCGCUUCGGUAGCCCGAUGAACAGUUUGAACACCGCCACAACACCUACCUUUGCCGCUGGAGGAGGUAAUGACUUUGUCUCAUCACGGUGGGUGAGCGUGACCGGCGAUCCUUCAUUCGGUUCCACCGCACUGGCUGGUCAGCAAAGCUCGCAGCGGGCCGACUCCUCAUCACCAUUGUUUCAAGCGAGUGCGCGAGACACGCCAACACUGUUUAGCACAGCUGUGACGGCACCUUUAACCCCGGCUGGCGUCGACGCACGUCGCUCGUACUCGGACCGGUUCGAUCCCCGCUCGGCCAACCUCUCCGACGCGGACCGUCGCACCGACGGCGAGGACGUGGAGGUCGGCAGUGACAGCAGCUACAUCGACAGCGACAGCAGCGACAGCGAGGAGGACGACAGCGACGACAUCAGCUACGGGGAGCAAUCCACUCGCAGCAGCAGCAGCGGUCUUGCUUACGGAAAGGCAGAUUACACCCGUCAAGGGAGCUCUGGCGUGCGCAGCAACCACAGUCACAUUCGAAGUUUGGUUAACAUCGUCGACGAAUCGCGCUCGGCAAAUCGAGGGGGCGGUGAGGUGCCGUACCGAAGAAACGAUGUCGUAUCACACGGCGACGCCCAGGGCAGAGCAUCACGGACUCCCGGCGUGCAGCUGGCGCAGAAUCCCGAAUGGGUCACGGGUGGCGUUGGAGGCGCGGCGAUGGAUCGGGCACCGUCGAACAUCGCAGGACUUACCCAGCUCUUCUCUUCCGCGUCUGUUGCGGUGAGUGACCGCACGAGUAAGCGGCCGCAGCGGCUAGGUUCGGCAACGCCUGGGCUUCAAGGUGUUGCGGCCGAUGAGCGCCACUGUCGCUCCCCCGGCGCCGUCCCACGACGCCGUCCGCGCCACCUGCUCUUUGGCGUCAUCGCCACGAGUCUAGCACGGCUGUCGACCGUCAUGGGGUCAGCGAGUGACACCGACAGCGACGACAGCAGCGAUUCCAGCGACGCCGACUCCGCUGCGUACGGUGAAGGCCGCCUGAACGAGUGCAGCAACAGCUUCCCGGACAGUGCACGCAGUGGACGCCGGCGGACGGAGAACUUCCGCGACGCCGCCUGGGAGGACUUGGCGUUGCGCACGAGUUGCACCAUCUCCGCCGCUGCAGAGCACCGCAGCCACACCAUCGCCAAUAGCCGAUUUACUCCUCUCUCCACCCUCAACCCGUACGCUCGCGUGUACGGCGAGGAGGAGCCUUCUAGCGCGGACGAGAACGACGACGAUUCGCGGUACGAUGUCGAGGUGCAGAGUGAUGAAAUUCUGCGCUGCUUCUCGGCACUGCAGCGUGGGUGCCCGAUGGCAGUGAGCUUGUGGUGCGUGCGCGUGCUCCAGCAGGCUACCCUCCACCCCCGCACCUCAGCUGCCGCGGGCCGCUUGUUAGAACGGGUGGAGCGCGACGUGGUGGGUGGAGCGGGGGCGAAGAACUUAGCGUGGCUGUCUACCAAGAACUCGCUGGCGAUCGCUGGUACGACAGCAGGGCGGCGGAACGGCGAUGAAAGGGUCCCUGCCACCUCCGUGCCGAGCACCGUCGCUGUGGCAGCGGAAGCCGCGACCUCGGUGACGGCCCCGUCGCCCUCGCAGACGCCGCCGCCGGUGCAGGACACCUGUCCGAGCACGUUCCACAACUACGAGUUGGCCAAGUGGCUUUACGCCUCCCACCAGACAAUACCGCGGUGUGUCUGA